AUGACUAAAACAUUGUUGAUAAACGCACUUAUUAUUAUUUCAACAAAGGUUUUACAUAAUUUUGAGGACGGACCAGCCGUUUACCAGGCUACCGAACCGGUGGAUCAUUCUGAAGGGCCGUCAUGGGAUCCUCGGACCAAUUUGUUAUACUUUGUCGACAUACACUCCGGCAAAGUUCUAAGCUACAAUUACGAAAAUGGUGACGUCAAGUAUAUUACUUUAGACGGCCAAGUGACGCCAGUCGUCCAAUCAGUAGACAAAGACGUCAUACUCGUCGGAGUUAACAGGUCGGUCGUGGCAGUUGAAUGGAACGGUUUAGGUGAACUGAAGGGUCAGAAAGUGUUAACCACAGUCUCACAACAGUAUCCCACCAGCAGGUUCAACGAUGGCAAAGCUGACAAAAAGGGAAGACUUUGGUGGGGAACGAUGGGUUAUGAAGACAGCAACGGUAACCUGACGCCAAACCAAGGAGUCUUCUACAAAAUCACAGCCGAUAAUCUUGAGAAUCCGCAAGUUAUAUUGGCACCUGUGAAUAUCAGUAACGGUUUGGCAUGGAAUAAGGCCAACGAUAAACUGUUUUACAUCGACACUCCUACCAAUAAAAUAGUUUCAUUUAACUUCAACUUGGAGGAGGGAACGAUUUCGAAUAGAACGGUUGUAUUCGACUUGGCUGAUCACCCUGAUAUUGCUGGUCAUCCUGACGGAAUGACGAUCGACGAAGAUGACAACUUGUGGAUCGCCUUGUACGGUGGUGGAAGUAUACUACACGUUAACUCUAAAACUGGUAAACUGAUAAAGAGAAUCGCCCUCCCCGCCCUGAAUAUAACUUCAGCGAUGUUUGGAGGGCCGAAUUUAGACGUGCUGUUCGUCACCAGCUCAAGAUUUACACUUUCGGAGCAACAGAAGAAGGAGCAACCAGCGGCCGGUGCGGUUUUCGCCAUCAAAAAUUUGAAGACUAAAGGUUUGCCUGUUUAUCAGGCGAAUCUUUCCGGAUCCAAAACUGAUUGCAAAUAAUUAAGACAAAUUAUUUUAUUUUAUUUUCGGGAGGUUUAGGAAUUUAAUCAGUACGGAUCUGGACAUAAAACAUAAAAAUAGAUCAUAGUUUAGUAGUUAAACCGUUUUCAAGUAGUGAUAUAGCAUUAUUUCAAAUAUAAUGUGGUUAGUACAAUAAUUAUAACAAAACAUUGAGAUGAAACGAUUUAACCUCGCGCUGAAAGCGCCAAUUAAUAUUCAGACAAUAAUUGCACUUAGGUGAAUUAAUUAUGGUAUGGUCCCCACCAUUUGUAUACAGUUAAUGAUCGGUAAACAUUUCUUUGUUUGGUAAUAUUCAGUUUCACACGUGAAGAAUGUUGUUUGUUGUGGUUUUUGCUCUUAUUGGUUUAUCAUUUGCACAGUAUGUAUUAUUUGUUUCUUUAUGAUUUUGUUUUGUACUUCAUAAAAUGUUUAUAAUAAAUAAACCGCUUAAAAAUGGAAA